AGUCUCACAUUGCUAACUUACCCGCUAGUUGCGCCACUGCGUAUAAUACAACAAUGACUUUCGACGCUCAACUGGUGGUAGGAAUCAACACCACGGCUGCCGCUACUCAAAAUUCAGAGCUCAUUCGCCAUUCGUGUGUUGACCGUGUCGGUUUUUCUCGCUCGUUUAGAUUCGUAUUUUUACUUACCGGCAACACGAUGGAAUACACUAUUACAAAUAUUUUAAUAUUGUUUACCAUAAUCUUCUCCGUGGCGGGUUCAAUAGAAGAUAUUAAACAAACAGUUCUGGAUAGACUUAAUGGCCGUGUAUGUCCUCCAUUUGGGAAAAAUGGAAAAUUUGAGGUUGAGACUAUACAAACCAAGUCGCUGAUGUACGGAUGUGCCUACUUGGAAAAUGAAAAUCUACCAAUGUUCCAUAUGUGGUUGGAGCGUCCCGAGCAAAAAUUUGGACACGGAAAUUGCGACAAUACGCAGAGUAUGUAUAACGAAUAAUUAUUGUUACGGAGAAGUUAAUUAGGGUUACGUGAGCUGCGCCUGUGGUUACAGUGAAUCUUUCUCCCUCUUAACCUAUAAGCAUAUAAUAUCAUACGUUAUUAUGUAUAUAUAAUUAUAUGUUUUACUUGUAUACACUGAAUAAUUACUCUAUAAACGGACAUUAACUUUUAAUGUCACUGCAUGUUGUAUAGAUGAUCAGGUAUGUUGUGGCAGUUUCCGGAAGUAUCUACUACUAUUAAUAUAUUUUAACACCCAUAUUAUGCAUUAUACACGGAAUACAAUUAUACUUCAUAUAUUUAAUAUUGAUAUUGCAUAUAAUACCGUUUGUAUUUUUUACAUGACCGUUAUAGGGAGGGGGGCUUUGGCACCGGGGCUAUACAGCUUUUUGGAUUACCCGACUCAAUAUAAAAAUCAAAAUAAAAUCGACUGUAU